AUUGCGCGGGGCUACCAACCUGGAAGCGAAAAGUUGCCACGGACUGUACGUCCAGGGGGCGAAGGCGAGUGAUUGACAGAUACUGGCUGUCACUCAUCUGGGGUUCGGCGGGGGAUCAAAGGCGACGACAGCCCCUGGCGGCAGCUGCCAUCGGCUUUGCCCACCGUCUCUGAAUAGGCGCAGUGUUUGCAAACACCUCCGGGCUUCCCCUGCCCAUAACAGUUCGCCACCAGAAAACAGCAACGUUCAGGAGAGCUGCUAAAGUCAUGACUUCAAAAGUACAGUUGCUGUGCUGGGGUCAUGCUAGUCUGGGGCAGCUUGGUUUGGGUGAGGGACAUGAAAACAUAGUCAUCCAGCCCAGGACCUCCUCAUUCUUCAGCAGCAAAUCUGUGCGGGAAGUGGCCUGUGGGCGAUACCAUACUGCUUUCGUUCUGCAAGACGGAAGUGUCUACACAUGUGGCUCUAACAUCUGGGGACAGCUGGGCCAUGAGAAGUCAGGGUAUAGUCCAGAACAGGUUACUGCACUAGAUGCCCAGACGAUUGUUCACACAGCCUGUGGAGAAGCCCACACUGUGGCUGUCAACGACCAGGGUCAAGUCUUUGCAUGGGGAGCAGGAAAGGACGGUCAGCUGGGAAUCAAUUCCACAGAAGAGACAGUCCGGAUACCAAGGUUAGUCCGGACACUGACUGGACACAUUGUCAUCCAGGUCACAUGUGGAAGCUGGCACUGCCUGGCUCUUACCAGAGACAGUCAGCUGUUUUCCUGGGGUCAGAACUCCCACGGCCAGCUGGGUUUAGGGAAGGGAUUUCCCUCCCAGUCCAGUCCCCAGUGUGUGAAGUCUCUCUCUGGAAUUCCUCUGUCUCAGGUCGCGACAGGAGGAACACACAGCUUCACUCUGUCCCUCUCGGGGGCUGUGUUUGGCUGGGGCAGGAACAACUGUGGUCAGCUUGGACUCAAUGACAACAAAGAUCGAGAUGUCCCUAAUCAUGUGAAGUUCCUGCGGAGCCAGAAAAUAGUUUACAUAAGUUGUGGCGAAGAGCACACUGCAGCUCUAACUAAGAAUGGAGGCGUUUUUACAUUCGGAGCUGGCCUUUGUGGACAGCUAGGCCACAACUUCAGAAAUAAUGAGAUUAACCCCCGCAGAGUCCAAGAGUUGAUGGGAAGUGAAGUCUCCCAAAUAAGCUGCGGCAGCUUUCUCCACUGUCAGGCUGAGGCCAAAUGCACGCUGGAGGAAUGGCUUUACCUGGCUGGUUUACACCCUGAUGGCGUGAACAUUGAAUUCUCCAAUUUCAGGCAGCACACACUUGCCUUUGUCCCUUCUUCUGGGCUAAUCUAUGCCUUUGGACGUGGCAACAAAGGUCAGCUCGGAUCUGGACACGUGGUUAAUGCUCAGGUUCCAUAUCGAGUGGCUGGGAACUGGGUAACUCAUAAGCACAAGGUGCAUCCCAAUGACCAGUCGAAUUACUGCGUACUGAAACAGGUCUCCUGUGGAGGUGAUCAGAGCUUUGCCCUCUUCUUUCACCACGAGAACUCACAAAUCCCAGAUGACUUCCGCUGUUUGGAUCCUUUAAGGCAUGUCAGGAUCAUUAACAAUAGCAAUAAUAAGUGGCUACUCAGCCUUUCAGGGAAGGAUGUGCUUAAUGAAUUGAAUGUGAUAUUUUCUUCACCUGGAUGUCUGAACGGCAGUUUUCUUAACCACCAAAAUGACGAGCAUUUCAAAACCAGCUCUCGAAACCCUGGCAUUGACUUGAAUGCAGUCAGGUUAUUUUUUGAGAACAUGGUGAAGUCUCCAUAUUGCAAGUUGCUCCAACAGGUAUCUGCGACUGUAGAGAAUCGUCUCAUAUCCCAGUUACCAACUUCACCGCCUGACGUUGAGGCCAUGAGAGCCUUUUUGAUAUUACCAAUGUUUCCUCUUUUCCAAGAGUCCAAGAAUUAUUUGACCUUUGCACUUCCCUUUGCCACUGCCAUUCUCCAUCUGGAUGCCAACCCAAGCAAAGUAUUGGAUAACUGGUGGUGUUGGGUGAGUGCUGGCUAUUUUAGCCGAUUGGUGGAGCUCUAUAAAGAUGCAGUGGUGUACCUGCUGACCAGAAUGAGAACUGCCCUGUUGGCACCUUCAUUUUGCCAUUAUAUCAAUGAUGCACUUCGAGUUUUGGAAAAACUGCACAAGGUUAAUACAGUCGCUAACCAUGUUGACUAUGAUGUGUUUUACAUCCAUGAACUCAACAAUUUGGUCAACAUUGAAUCUGAUUAUCUAUACUGGGCAUCUCAACAUGCUGGAAUUAAAAUCCAACCAGCUAUUGCAGAGGUCCCUGUUGCUUUUUGCACCUAUCCCUUUGUUUUGAAUGCUCAGGCAAAGACAAAGAUGUUACAGACUGAUGCUGCCUUACAGAUGCAGAUUGCAGUGAACAGGACCAGUCUGGAGAAUAUCUUCAUGUUACUCACAAUGGGGCCAUUUCUGACCAGUAGCCCCUUCCUCAUUCUGCAUGUUCAGCGGGAUAACCUGGUCAGCGAUGCACUGAGAGAGCUGAGUAUUCAUUCAGAUGUGGAUUUGAAAAAGCCUUUGAAGGUGGUGUUUCUGGGUGAGGAAGCAGUGGAUGACGGAGGGGUGACGAAGGAAUUCUUCCUGCUGCUCCUCAAGGAGCUGCUGGAUCCCAAGUAUGGAAUGUUUACCUACUACGAGCAGUCCAGACUUCUGUGGUUCUCCGAGAAAACGUUUGUGGAGUUGAACUGGUUCCACCUGAUUGGGAUCCUAUGUGGCCUGGCCAUUUAUAAUUUCACGGUAGUAGACCUUCACUUUCCACUUGUGCUGUAUAAAAAAUUGCUGAAUGUGCCACCUUCCCUGGAGGACCUGAAAGAGCUGUCCCCCACAGAGGCCAGGAGCUUGCAGGAACUGUUGGAUUACCCCGGUGAUGAUGUUGAGGAAACUUUCUGUCUCACAUUUGCGACUCUUCGAGAAAACUACGGAGUUACAGAGCUGCAGGAAUUGGUUCCAGGAGGUAAAAGUCUACCCGUGAAGAAAGAGAACAGGAAGGAAUUUGUUCAAGCCUACGUGGAGUACAUCUUCAACACCUCUGUCCAGGAGCUAUUCUCAGCUUUCUCCAGUGGUUUUCUAAAGGUCUGUGGAGGGAAGGUUCUGCAACUCUUCCAACCCAGUGAGCUGAUGGCCAUGGUGGUAGGAAACACCAGCUACAACUGGAAAGAGCUGGAGAUGAGUGCAAUAUACAAAGCUGAUUACCAUCCUGCACAUCCGACUAUAAAAUUAUUUUGGGAGGUUUUCCAUGAGUUUCCGUUGGAAAAAAAGAAGCUUUUUCUGUUGUUUCUGACUGGCAGUGACCGCAUUCCCAUUUAUGGAAUGGCAAGUAUCCGGAUGACCAUUCAGCCAACAGCUGGAGGAGACCGCUACCUCCCGGUGGCUCACACCUGCUACAACCUCCUGGAUCUCCCCAAGUACCAGAGUAAAGCAAUACUGAGCAGCAAACUCACUCAGGCCAUAGACCAUCAUGAGGGUUUUAGCUUGGUAUGAGAGGAGUUCAUUAUUUUCCUGUUCUGUACAAGGGUAUAUAUCGAUUCAAUAAGCACUUUAUUAUUAGAGACUAUUUUGCAAAAUUCAGUCUCAUUCCUUCUUGUUUUAAAAGAUUAUUUUAUAAUAUCAUCAUUUGGCUGUAAGGCUAUGUUUAAAACACCUCUUUUUUUUCCAAUGCUGCAGAGUACAUACUUUCAGCAUUAAUUUCAGUUGGAACAUUGCCAGUUUUACUCGAUGUAUGGAAUGUGGAGAAUUGAUUGGAUGUUUGGCUUGUCAGUCUCACAAGUUUUAAUGAUGCUUCCUUGAGUUGUUGGACUCUCUAAAUGGUACACAACCAAAGAAUGGCCUUGAAUGUUAAUGGCGCUUGCCUACUUUUUUUGAAAAUCUGAACACUUGCUACAAGUCAAAAGUGCAGUUGGUGAUGGCCAAAAUAUACAGAAAGCAAGAGUUACACAGUGGUUCAGACAACAUCUAUGGAGGGAAAUGGGCAAUGGACGUUUCUGGUUGAGACCUUUCAUCCAGAUUGAAAGAUCGAGAAGAGGUUGCCAUGCAACUCAAAAUGUCGACUGUCCAUUUCCCUUCACAGGUGCUGCCUUACCUGCUGAGUUCUUCCAACUUUUUGUGUGUUGCUCCAGAUUCCAGCAUCUGCAGCCUCUCCUUUUAAAAGUGGCACAAAUAUAGGUGCCCUGGGACCAUGCCUGAUAACUACUGCGAGGUAGGCCCUUUGUAUAUGGACUUAAGUGCACUUUUGAGGUGGACAGAGAAUGAGGCUGACUUGAGCCGGUGCAGAGGCCUGUGGAUGUUAUCGUCAACAGCUUGGUUAGCUAAAGGCUGGCCUGACUGUGAAGGAAGAGAGAACUGCCUGACCCUCGCAUACAAUGCCACUGCUCAUCACCGAUAUGCAACUUCAUAACCCCGAGCUCCUGCUCCUUUGCUGAGUAUCUGUCAUGUCUUAGAGCAGUGUGGCUCAUUUGAAUGUGAUUGUCGCCCCAGUCUCGAGACCACCUCGGACCCACCUUCGCAGGCCGCAGGGUAGUAGACACGCAAUAUCUGGACUUGGGCGCUGGUGGUUCCAGGAGUGGGGUGCCGGGAUGUCUCAGGGAGUUACAGCCUCUCACCUCUGCACCACACCUAGUGCCAGGGCAGAGAGUGAUGAAGAAAAUGCACGAAAAGCGGUGGGUUUCCGCUUCCCUGUAUCACCUCAGUUUCUUGUAGCCACACAUUGCACUCGGUCUCCAAGAACCAAUUCCAUUCCCCAUGUACUGCACCAGACCAUCAAAAGAUUUCUCAUCAUUGCAUUUAAAGUGCAGCUUUUAACUAAGCGCUGUGGAAUUCUUAAUUGUAAAGGGAAAAUAUCUAUGUGAACACAAUAUAAUAAGCUGCCUUUAUUCUGUUUUCAUGGUGUAACAAAUGCUUUUUGAGUACAACGUAAUAGCUGCAUUAAGAGCAUGUUUGGAACUCUGUCCUAUAUUACAAUGAAAUAGUAUCUGAUGCAGCUAAUUACAGCCUCACUGAAAUCUUUGCAAAAUAUGUUCAGUGUUUGUACAGAUCUUUUAGUUAGAGAGGACUUGAGUAGAAUUGUGACUUAUUUCUGUCUUUCAUGGCCAGACUAGUUACUGUUUCUUUCUACUUUCUGAUUUUCCACAAGAUAAAGCUCCUGAUUAAAAUCCGGCUGUCAGUGUGUACUUAUUUUUAAUGAUGUCAGAUUUUUUAAACAAUAAAUAAAGCCAAAAGGUU